CUUGAUUAAUUAAAGCGACAAGUACUUUAAUAAACCUAAUCUCAAAUAUACCUUACGCGUAUUUUGACACAUCUGUAAUUUAUAGUGGUAAUUACCACGGGAUCGUAGGCCAUUACACAAAUAAUGAAAAGUUGCACACUUGUGCUCAGGAAAAUAUAACGAUUAUGGCUGAGAAAGGAGCGCAUUUAACGGGAACCACGUUGAUCAGACCUUCUAUAUUCGAAAUUAUAGCACAAGAAUCGUUUGCGUCAACUGUCGAGCCAGCUUUCAAAAAACUUUUGUCGUUUGUCGUAUCAUUCAACCCUGAAAGAUAUGGACACCUUCUCAGAUGGGCAGAUGAAGGGUACCUAAUAUUUAAUGUAAUACUUCAAAAACAUUAUUUCAAAAAGUAUUCCGCUUCCUUUUCAGAGGCAUUUUAUGGUUUAAAACGUAUAGCAAUAAUAGAUUCCAAAAUCAGGCAAAAAUUACCAAAGAAACGAGCAAAAUUAUCAUUAGUAUUGUUAGUUUUAUUCCCAUAUUUAAAGAGUAAACUCUAUCAGCUAGCUCAGAGGUACAGGCUUGAAGAAGCAGAUGAUUCUGCGCCACAAACAAAAUGGCAGAAGCUAUAUCGUCAUUGUGUUGUAAAGGGAUGCACGAUAAGUUUCAUAAUAUACGAAUUCAUAGUACUCUAUAAUUAUAUACUUUAUAUUGCUGGAAAAUCAGUAUACCAAUCGCCACUUCUAAGGCUUCUUUCUGUUACUUUAACAUAUGCUGAACCAGAGCGAAUAAUUAGCAUUUCUGAUUUAUUAAGAAAGAUAAGAAAUAAUUCCUUUAAUAUUACCGAUGGCAUGGAUAUACUUCAACGAACGGUAACCACGUCCCUAGAAUUGGGGGCAUUUUUUCUUCAGUUUGUCUCUUGGUGGACUCAAGAGCAUCAUUACAAAAGUUUAAUGACACUACCAACUCCUCCACCACCGACGAUUCCUGAAACAGCUAGGCAGCAUAAAGGCAAAUGUCCUGUUUGUUGUAAAGCACCAAGGGUGCCCACAGUGCUUCCUAUUUCUGGUUACGCGUUUUGUUAUCAGUGUAUUCUUCCUGUGAUACGUAAGACUGGGAAGUGUCCAGUGACAAACUACCCUGCUAAGGAGGACGACUUGAUACGUUUGUACUUGGACUAAACGAUGUGUAUAAAUAUAUACAUAAUAUUUUCUUAAACACGGUGUAAAUACGAAUAAAG